AUGACGGCCUUCGAUGGAACAUCCUGCCCAAAGGAACACUUGAUGGCAUAUACAAACUUGAUGCUGUUGUACACCACCAAUCCAGCAUUGUGGUGCAAAUUCUUCCCAACUACUCUCACAAGAGUAGCCUUGACGUGGUAUACCUCCCUUCCAGGGGGAAGUAUCCAUAAUUUUGCCCAAUUAGAAGGUAAAUUCCUAGGUCACUUUGUAGCAUCCAGAAGGCAGGAAAAAUCAAACUUUCACUUGCUUAGCAUAACACAAUUGGAAGGGGAGUCCAUAUCAUCAUAUUUGAAGAAGUUCCAUGAAGCAGUACUGGAAGUAACUGACUUGGAAGAAUCAGUCGCCUUGAACGCCCUAAUUAACGAAAUAAAGGCUCAAAGGCUGAAGUUCCAGUUGGCACAUGACCCCAAAAAACGAAAGUCAGAAAAGAAGGAUCCAAUAUCCUCCGAUCAUUCCUCAAGGAGCAGAGAGGAACAUUCAUCAAGGAGGGAUAUAAACUACAUGUCGCGUCGUCCGGAACCCCCAUCAAACAUGGGACCUCCACGAUCCAGACAUGUAUAUGUCACAGAAGGAGAGGCCAGGAUACGGAAUUUGCUCGACCGAGGUAACGAUCCGAUGUUUAACCGGAAUAGGAAAGACAUAUUCUUCACCGUCCCGGAUGAGUUGCCAACUCCAUCUCCUACUACCACCCCCUCCGAUCGACGCAACUACAAUUUGUGGUGUGAUUACCACAAAGAACAUGCUCAUACCUUGGCCCAAUGCCGCGAACUCAAACGUAUUCUACAUCAGUUGGCCGACGAGAGGAAGCUGUCGAGGUUCAUCAACCGGAAGGACUAUGACACAAGAGGCGAGGUGGAAAGGAGGCCUUGGAACCAAAAACGCAUAUCCCCCAAAAGAGACGACGCUAGGCGCGAAAGUUCCAACACGUAG